AUAUCUUCACAAACCCACACACAGCACUAGCAGCAACAGGAGAAGGGCUGGUGUCACUGACCUGCAGUAACACUAUGGGACCCAAAACCUCCUCUGGCUUCUACCUUAGCAAGACCUCAGCUGCCCUGCUGGCACUGUUACUGGCAGUCCUGUUCCUGGCACUCAUUAUACUUGCAGCCCUCUAUGCCAGGACUAAGGCACCAGAUCCUGGGGAAGUUCUGUCAGAGAUACAUAGUAACUCAGUCAGUCUGCCUUUAACCUCGACUCCCUCUUCCUCAAUGACUCCUACUCCAGGGACCACUGGGCGCCCAGGCAUCUGGGACAAUCUGCGCCUGCCCAAAAACUUGGUUCCCCUGCACUAUGACCUGGAGCUGUGGCCAAGGAUGCUCCCUGACUCUGAUGAUAACUACUUACUCUGGGGACAGGUAAACAUCACCAUACAGUGUGUGGAGAAGACAGACAUUGUCCUGCUGCACAGCUACCUGCUGAACAUCUCUAGAGCAGAGCUGAAGGUCCAGAAGAAAGGAGAAGACAUGGACCUCGUGGAGGAAAGAGACUGGGGACAGGACCCAUUACACAAACAUAUACUAAGGACAGAUGACACCUUACCAUCACCCGUGGAGAGGAUAGGCAUUAAGGACCUGUGGGUGUCUGAAGUCCACCAAUAUCUGGUUCUGGAGCUGGAAGGUCCACUGGUGGCUGGUGGUUUGUAUACACUGGAGUUGGACUACCAGGGAUUCUUGAGUAACGACCUGCAGGGACUCUUUCUCACACAUUAUAAAGACCUUGGCAUGGACAAAGUCCUGAUUGCCUCAGAGAUGGAGCCAACAUCUGCACGGACCGUUUACCCAUGUUUUGAUGAACCUGCAUUUAAAGCAACCUUUAAAACUAGAAUGGUUCAUAAUUCAAGCUAUGUUGCCCUAUCCAAUAUGCCUGCUAUAGCUGUGUCCGAAAGGGAAGAUGUAGAUGGAAAUAUGUGGACUGUUACCACAUUUAAUACUACACUGAAAAUGUCAACCUAUAUAACUGCUUUUGUAAUUUGCGACUUUGAUUACGUCAACACAACUGAAAGGGGCCAUGAGAUCCGAAUUUGGGCUCGCAAAGAAGUUGUACAAAACGGGUAUGCAGACUUUGCACGGAGUAUCGUGGGACCAUUACUUUCAUUUAUGGAAGAUUUAUUAAACAUCACAUAUCCUCUUCAAAAAACAGAUUUUGUGGCGUUGCCUUACUUUGGCGUUGGUGCAAUGGAAAACUGGGGAUUAAUUACUUUUCAUGAGCCUUCGUUGAUUUAUAACCCGAAACAUAAAUUCCGCAAUUCAAAGGCGUUGGUUUGCCUUAUUACUGCUCAUGAGAUUGGGCACCAGUGGUUUGGGAACCUUGUUACCAUGAAAUGGUGGAAUGAUAUCUGGCUGAAUGAAGGAUUUGCAUCGUACAUGGAACUCUUGGGUGCAAGCUCCGUUGACUGCAAGCUAAAACUAAAUGAAAUGUUUGUAAUGCACAGCUUGGCAAACCUGCUCAGAUCUGACAGCAAGAGACAGUUAAGAGCUCUCUCCGUGAAGGAAGAUGACAUCCAAAAAACAGACAAUAUAGUAACAUUUUUCGAUAUAGUCUCUUACAAUAAGGGAGCUGCUUUUGUUCGUAUGUUAUCCAACUUCUUAACUGAGAAACUCUUCUUAAAGGGGAUCAGAUCAUACUUGAAGACAUUUUCAUUCUCAAAUGCUGACCAGGAUGAGCUAUGGGAUCAUUUGCAAAUGAUUAUAGAUGAUCAGGAAGAAGUUCAGUUACCAGCAUCAUUAAGGCAAAUCAUGGAUUCAUGGACAUGGCACGAAGGGAUACCGCUGCUAACUCUAAACACCUCUACUGGGAAUCUGAUCCAAGAACAACUCAAGACUGCCAGUUCAAAUAACAUAACAAGUAAUAAUAAUAACACAUGGAUUAUCCCUGUUUCAUGGAUGAAAAAUGGAGUAGAACAGUCCAUAAUUUGGCUAAACAACCAAUCCAGUAUUUUUCCAGAGUUGAAAAUCACUUCCGAUGACGAUUGGAUUCUGUUAAAUAUUAACAUAACAGGGUAUUACAGAAUUAACUAUGAUGGGAAGAAUUGGAAUAAUAUAGCAAAACAACUUCAAAAAUUCCACAAGGUUUUCCCAGUGGUUAACAGAGUCCAACUGAUAGACAAUGCGUUUACUCUGGCAAAAUCUGGAUACAUAGAAUAUGAUGCUGCUCUUGGUUUGACAAAGUACCUCGAGAAAGAGGAUGAAAUCAUAGUGUGGGAUACAGUGCUGUCACAUAUAAUGCCCGAACGAAACCCACACAUCAAUUAUAUCACAUUUCCACUGAUAAAGAAAUAUAUUUUACAAAGAAUUAAUCCAAUAUAUCAGCACUAUGCAAGUUUAAUUCGGAGUAACUUUGAUGAAACAGCUGAUGACUAUUUAAUUCAUACAACAAUCAACAAUAUUUUUAAAACUGCCUGCUCACUUGGACUGCAAGAUUGCUUGGACCUGGCACGUGAAAUGUACUCUGUAAUGAUGGACAACAGCACCAAUGAAAUUCCAUAUUCCGUUCAAAAUUCCAUCACUUGUUAUGCCAUCUCAGUGGGUAAUGAGAGGGAGUGGGAGUUUGCAUGGAACAUAUUUAACAAGUCAAUCAGCGAAGAUCACUAUGACUUUGACAAUGAAUACUUGAGCCACAGUCUUUCCUGCACAAAAGAGCCCUGGCUACUUCAGAGAUAUUUACAUAAUAUCUUGGAAAUUGGAAAUGUACAUGUUGCUUUAGACGUCUUCCAAGCCAUGAUCAAGCAAGAUUUAGGAAAAUAUAUCGCUUGGGAUUUUUUGAAAGACAACUUUGACCGAAUAAAAGAUCUAGUUGAAGGCAAAGAUUACCUCUUUCAAUUAUUGCUUCCAGAAUUUGGGUAUAAAGCCGUUUCAGAUUUACACUAUCAAGAGAUACAACAAUUAAUUAACAGGACGGUUGCAGACAGAGACAGCACACUGGAGAGACUUGAAAGUAACAGGAAAUCCACCUUGGCGUGGACAAGCUUAUGGAAUACCAAAAUCUACAACUGGUUACAAAAGAACACGGAUGAUUCAGACUUCUGA